CAUCACUACUAAUGGAGUUUCCCGCCAUUUCAUUCUUCCAAUCCCAUCACUUCUUUCCAAUUUUCACACCCAUGGCGGUCGUCAUCCUUCUUUCAGCUACCUUGAUUUAUGCAGCUGUAAGAUCACUACACAAGUUUUGGUGCAGCUGUGAAAUUUGCAGAAGCUAUGUCUCCUCAUCCUGGUCAAAGUCCUUCACCAACCUCAGUGACUGGUACACUUAUCUUCUCCAAAACUCUCCCACUCAAACCAUUCAUCUCCAUGUUUUAUCCAACACAAUCAUCACUGCUAACCCUUCUAAUGUUGAACACAUUCUCAAGACCAAAUUUCAUAAUUACCCAAAAGGAAAACCUUUCUCCACAAUCCUUGGUGAUCUUCUUGGAAAAGGUAUCUUCAAUGUUGAUGGAGAUUCAUGGCUGUUUCAGAGAAAAAUGGCUAGUCUUGAACUUGCCAGAAUAUCUAUAACGAGAUAUGCAUUUGAAAUUGUUUCCCAAGAGAUCAAAUCCCGUCUUCUUCCUUUACUUUCUUCUUCUGUUUCCCAACAAGUAGUAUUCGAUUUGCAGGAAGCUUUUCGUCGAUUCUCCUUCGAUAAUAUCUGCAGAUUUUCAUUUGGAUUAGACCCUAAAUGCCUUGAUUACUCAUUCCAAGUCUCUCAUUUCGCUGAUUCUUUCGACCUGGCAUCGAAAAUAUCAGCAGAAAGAGCAAUGGCAACGUUACCCUUUUUGUGGAAGAUGAAGAGGUUUUUCAAAAUAGGAAAUGAAAAAAAGUUAAAGGAAGCCAUUGAAGUUAUCAACAUGAUUGCCAUGGAAGUCAUAUUACAAAAAAGGAAACUAGCCUCAUUCUCCUCCAAUCAAGAUCUUCUUACAAGAUUCAUGGCUUGUGUCAAUGAUGAUUCAUACCUAAGAGACAUAGUCAUAAGGUUCAUUUUAGCAGGCCGAGACACCAUGGCAUCUGCCUUGACUACAUUGUUCUAUCUCCUCUAACACCCACAAGUUAUUGUCAAAAUCCAACAGGAAUCUAGCCAAGUCCUGUCACGUAAUCAAGAACUCCCCAGGUAUGACCAAAUCAGGAAUAUGCAUUACUUACAUGCUGCAAUCUAUGAAAGUUUGAGACUU